AUGAUUGAUCAGUAUAAACAUCAACACCUUCGAAUUGGAUCAGUUUCCUCUGAACAAAUAAGUGCUUGGGCAAAAAAAAUCCUACCUAAUGGAGAAACAGUUGGGGAGGUAACAAAACCCUAUACUCUUCAUUAUAAAACCAAUAAGCCUGAAAAAGAUGGAUUAUUUUGUGAAAGAAUUUUUGGGCCUAUAAAAAGUGGGAUUUGUGCUUGUGGAAAUUAUCGAGUAAUCGGAGAUAAAAAAGACCAACCUCAAUUUUGUGAACAAUGCGGAGUAGAAUUUGUUGAUUCUCGGAUACGUAGAUAUCAAAUGGGGUAUAUCAAAUUAGCAUGUCCAGUAACCCAUGUGUGGUAUUUGAAACGUCUUCCUAGUUAUAUCGCGAGCCUUUUAGAUAAACCUCUUAAAGAAUUAGAGGGUCUAGUAUACUGCGAUGUCCGGAUGAGAGGAAACCCUCAUGUCCGAUUUUCAAAGGGGGAGAUCCAUCUUAUUGGAUCCUAUCCAAAUUUUUCUUUUGCUAGGCCCGUAGUUAAAAAACCAACUUUCUUACGAUUACGAGGUUCAUUCGACUAUGAAAUCCAAUCCUGGAGAUACAGUCUCCCACUCUUUUUUGCUACUCAAGGUUUGGAUACAUUUCGAAAUAGAGAAAUUUCUAGUGGAGCGAGUGCUAUACGAGAACAAUUAGUUGAUCUGGAUUUAAGAAUGAUUAUGGAUUCUUCGUUGCUAGAAUGGACAGAAUUAGGAGAAGAGGGGUCCACUGACAAUGAAAAUGAAUGGGAAGAUCAAAAAGUUGGAAGAAGAAAGAAUUUUUUGGUUCGACGCAUGGAAUUAGCUAAGCAUUUUAUCCGAACAAAUAUAGAACCAGAAUGGAUGGUAUUAUGUCUCUUACCAGUGCUUCCUCCCGAAUUGAGACCAAUUAUUCAAAUAGAUGGCGGUAAACUAAUGAGUUCGGAUAUUAAUGAACUCUAUAGAAGAGUUAUCUAUCGGAACAAUACUCUUAUUGAUCUAUUAACAACAAGUAGAUCUACACCAGAGGAAUUAGUAAUGUGUCAAGAAAAAUUGGUACAAGAAGCCGUGGAUACACUUCUUGAUAAUGGAAUCCGCGGACAACCAAUGAGGGACGGUAAUAAUAAAGUUUACAAAUCGUUUUCCGAUAUAAUUGAGGGCAAAGAGGGAAGAUUUCGAGAGACUCUUCUUGGAAAACGAGUUGAUUAUUCGGGGCGUUCUGUUAUUGUCGUAGGUCCAUCACUUUCAUUACAUCGAUGUGGAUUGCCCCGCGAAAUAGCAAUAGAGCUAUUUCAGACGUUUCUAAUUCGUGGUUUAAUUCAAAACCAUUUUGCUUCGAACAUAGGAGUUGCUAAGAGGAAAAUCCGGGAAAAAGAACCCAUUGUAUGGGAAAUACUUCAAGAAGUUAUGCGGGGGCAUCCAGUAUUGCUGAAUAGAGCGCCUACUUUGCAUAGAUUGGGCAUACAGGCAUUUCAACCCAUUUUAGUCGAAGGACGUGCUAUUUGUUUACAUCCAUUGGUGUGUAAGGGAUUCAAUGCAGACUUUGAUGGGGAUCAAAUGGCUGUUCAUGUGCCUUUAUCUUUGGAGGCUCAAGCAGAAGCUCGUUUACUUAUGUUUUCUCAUACGAAUCUCUUGUCUCCGGCUAUUGGGGAUCCCAUUUGUGUACCAACUCAAGAUAUGCUUAUUGGACUUUACGUAUUAACUAGCGGAAAUCGUCGAGGUAUUUGUGCAAACAGGUAUAAUUCGUUUAAUUCCCGAAAUUCUCACAAUGAAAAAAUUAGCAAUAAUAACUUGAAGAAUAUGAAAAAAAAAGAACCCUUUUUUUGCAAUUCCUAUGAUGCAAUUGGAGCUUAUAGACAGAAAAGAAUAAAUUUCGAUAGUCCUUUUUGGCUCCGGUGGCGAAUAGAUCAAUGCAUUAUGUCUUCAAGAGAAGUUCCUAUCGAAGUUCACUAUGAAUCUUUUGGUACCUAUUAUGAGAUUUAUGGGGAUUAUUUAGUAAUAAGAAGUAUAAAAAAAGAAAUUCGUUGUAUAUACAUUCGAACCACUAUUGGUCAUAUUUCUUUUUAUCGAGAAAUCGAAGAAGCUAUACAAGGUUUUUCUCGAGCCGAUUCAUAUGGUAUCUAA